AAGAGUCUCUGAUCAUUUCCCCCUCAAAACGAGAUAUUUGUAGAAAAAAAAUUAGGGGUUUUUGUCUAAGGAGAUCAGCUUAGGAAGAUGAAGAGGAGGCAAGUGGUGAUAAAACAAAGAAAAAGCUCCUACACUACGACUUCUUCUUCCAGCAACGUACGUUAUGUUGAGUGCCAAAAGAAUCACGCCGCUAAUAUCGGGGGCUACGCCGUUGACGGUUGCCGUGAGUUUAUGGCAAGCGGUGGCGAAGGAACCUAUGAUGCUUUAACGUGCGCUGCUUGUGGCUGUCACCGGAACUUUCAUCGGAGGGAAGUUGAAACGGAGGUUGUUUGCGAGUAUUCUCCUCCGAGUUGAAUCAACUAUUUAGCGAAGAUGGGGGAAAGAAGAAAAAAAUACUAUAAGAAAGGUAUUGUUGAUUUUUAA